AUGGCAAGCAAAGGACCCACGACUUCUACAUCAACAAAGAACUCCAGUACUGGAGGGACCAGUGGCAGCAGUAGCAGUAAUGGUGCUGGGGAGAAUGCUAAUCAGGACAACACUUUCGAAUGUAACAUCUGUUUAGACACUGCCAAGGAUGCAGUGAUCAGCUUGUGUGGACAUCUCUUCUGUUGGCCUUGUUUACACCAGGGAUUCCAGGGCUUUGGGUUUGGUGAUGGUGGCUUCCAAAUGUCAUUCGGCAUUGGCGCAUUUCCCUUUGGUAUAUUUGCAACAGCAUUCAACAUAAACGAUGGGCGACCUCCUCCAGCUGUUCCAGGGACUCCUCAAUAUGUGGAUGAGCAGUUCCUAUCCCGCCUCUUCCUGUUUGUGGCUCUGGUGAUAAUGUUCUGGCUGUUGAUUGCAUAAAUCUUUUCCAUUAUUCUGUAUAUUCAUGGCCAUCAAGGCCGUUGAAACAGUUACAAACUGCAUCCCCAUCCCAUUUUAAACCUCUUGGUGUCUGGUUCCGUAGCUAACUAUGGGCUUCAGGAAUUGGUGGUACCACAGCACAAUGAGGAAUCUUGUAUUUUGCACCAGAGUUGGAAAUUAAACACUGGUUAAAAAGCGUAUUUCAGCUCAGCUAUCUUGUACAACAGGUUCCUGCCGCAAACCAUGGGCCUAGCUUUGAGCUCUGCUCCUAAAAGGAGUGCUGCUUUGAAAUCCUGUGCCAAUCAGUGACACCAGGUUUAUGUGAAAGACAGUUGCCCCAGGGUAGACUGGGCAGGUAAGGAAACUGCUACAGUGUGGUUGGUAUCUUGUGCUUGGCAACCACGAUGGAUCUGCCAGAGCUGCGGAUGUUAUUUAACAUCUUCACAUCAACAUCCAGCCUUCUUCAGGAAAUCAUCUACAGCACCGCUGAGACUCUUUGGGCACAGCACUUGAUGCAAACGGAACCAGGUUUGGAGACUGUUUUCUCUUCUUGCUGUUGUUUCCCGGCAUGAUGGAAAACCCCUCCAGAAGCGGUUCUAAUGGCUGUU